AUGGGCUUGCUGGACUUCCCACCGGCCAAGGGGUCGCCGACCUUGUUGGGCAUGCCCAUGAAGCAGGUCUCGCUCAUUACUUUGACCUUCGAGAACUCGGCCUUGAUAUUGCUGAUGCACUACUCGCGAAUGAUGAAACCCAAUGGCGACCACCGAUACUUUACCUCGACCGCCGUUUUCCUGACCGAAGUCAUCAAGCUUGCCAUUUCGCUCACAUUCGCCAUCUACGAAGUCUCGAGGAGUUUGGCACCUUCAACACCCGCCACAGUCCUCUUCACGCAUAUUUACAAGGCCGUGUUUUCGGGCGAUGGAUGGAAGCUGGCAAUACCAGCCGCGCUCUACACCCUGCAGAAUACGCUGCAAUAUGUGGCAAUUGGCAAUCUGGACCCGAUCCAUUUCCAGAUUCUGUACCAGCUCAAGAUAUUGACGACGGCACUUUUUACAGUUACCAUGCUUGGUCGAUCUCUGUCGCCGAAGCGCUGGUUUGCCCUCCUCUUAUUGACAUUUGGUGUCUCCAUUGUCUCCAUUCCGUCGACGGGAUCCAAGGAUGGCUCGUUCCUGAUCCAUGAUAUGAGCGACCACUUCUUCCCUCGAUCUGCACACGAGCUUGGUCAGAUGGCGAAUGGAGUAAGCGAGGCCGCCAGGGAGUUGACCAAGCGCACAAUUGAUGGCCUCUCGGACGCGGGAGAUGCCUUGAUGAAGCGCUCUGCCACCUACGCAGGAAUCGAGGAGGACCAGAGUAUGACCCCAAUCAUGAACUACUCCGUUGGCCUCUCCGCCGUCUUGGUCGCAGCAGCAGUCUCGGGCUUGACUGGCGUGUACUUUGAAAAGGUGCUCAAGGAUCCUGCGGCAGUCGCCUCUGUUUGGAUCCGUAACAUACAGCUGUCAUUCUAUUCUCUCUUCCCAGCGCUGUUUAUUGGCAUCAUCUUCAAGGAUGGCCAAGAGAUCGCGACGCAUGGAUUCUUCGAUGGAUACAACUGGGUUGUGUGGACUUUGAUCUUGCUCCAGGCAUUUGGUGGUGUGCUUGCAUCCUUAUGCAUCAACUAUGCGGACAACAUUGCCAAGAACUUUGCGACCAGCAUCAGCAUCGUAGUCAGCCUGCUCUUUAGUGUUGCAUUUUUCAAUGUUCAGGUCUCCAUCAUGUUCCUGAUCGGCACAGUACUGGUUCUGACCUCGACCUACUUGUACACGGGUCCAGAUCGGAAGCGUGGCCGACCACCGCCAAUCAACAUUGCCACCUACGAGAAGACUACCAUUGAUCCAAUGAACACACCAAGACCAUCGGGCGACAGGCUGACGGUCCCUAAUCCCAUGGAAUCGGCAAAGUCAUUGGGGCUGUCUACGUCACGGCCCUCAUCACCACUGCGGCACCAUGUGCGACAGCCGUCGCCGCGAGACAAGAAUUGGGAUGAGUAG